ACUGGAGCCUACCCGGCUCUUUGGUGGGACUAAUGGUGGACUCCAGGAGGGCUCACGCCAAGGAGUACUUCCCAGAACUUCUGUUGCCAGUGUCCUUGUCCCCACUGUGAGCCACAGCCACAACCCGCCUCAGCAGGAGACCCUCCAACACUAGCAGCUCUGAGAGCCUCAGGAGACUCUGCACCGCGAGGAGUGUGGGGCAUUUCCCAGAGAGGGUCAUCAUGGCCUACAAGAAGGGGUGCUCGAAGUGCUCAAAGUGGGCCCUUGUCAGCAGUGCCAGUGUGGCUCUGGUGUUCAUCAUCGGGAUGAUCCUGUGUUUCUCGCUGCAGCAGGGCAUCCUGCCAGGCUGUGAGCAGGAUGCGGUCUGCCGCUCCGACGCGGACAUGCUGGACUACCUGCUGAGCCUGGGUCAGAUCAGCCAACACGACGGCCUGCUGGUCACCUGGUACCAUGCUGCCAACAGCCAGAAGAAGAUGAGGGCCGCCCUCAGCAGUGAUGCUGUGGCCCUGGAGGCAGAUGUCACGAUAGAAGGGCUCGGCACAGUCAACGAGACAGGGGUCCCCAUCAUGGCGCACCCCCCAGCCAUCUACAGUGACAACACCCUACAGCAGUGGCUGGAGGCCGUGCUGGCCUCUUCCCAGAAGGGCAUCAAACUAGACUUCAAGAGCAUCAAGGCCGUGGGCCCCUCCCUGGACCUCCUGCGGCGGCUGACCGAGGAGGGGAGAGUUCGGAGGCCUGUGUGGAUCAAUGCCGACAUCCUGAGGGGCCCCAACAUGGCCAUCCCGAUAGAAGUCAACGCUACACAGUUCCUGGCCUUGGUCCAAGAGAAGUAUUCUAAGGCAACCCUGUCUCCAGGCUGGACCACCCUCUACCUGCCCCUGUUCCCAAAGGGGACGUAUACCCGAGCCAUGGUAGAGAAGAUGCAGGGGCUGGUGGAAGGACUGCCACAGAAGGUCACCUUCCCUGUGCGGGCUGUCAUGGUGCGGGCUGCCUGGCCCCACUUCAGCUGGCUGCUGGGCCAAUCUGAGAGGUACAGUCUGACGCUGUGGCAGGCCACCUCGGACCCCGUGUCAGUGGACGAUCUCCUCUACGUCCGGGACAACACCGCCACCCACCAAGUCUACUAUGACCUCUUCGAGCCUCUCCUGUCGCAGUUCAAGCAGCUCGCCAUGAACGCCUCACGGAAGCAAAGCUACUACACGGGAGGCAGCCUGAUCCCCCUUCUCCAACUCCCUGGGGAUGAGGGUCUGAGCGUGGAGUGGCUGGUUCCUGACAUCCAGGGCAACAGGAGCACAGCAACAGUGCGACUCCCAGACAGAGAUGGCAUGAUCCUGCUGAAAGUUGGCCUCCAGGAGCCUGCAGCUGGGGACCCCGUGCCCAUCGUACGUGCCCCAGAUGGCCGUGCCCUGACACUGGAGUUCUGCCUGCUGCAGCUGGCCACGCGCCCCGGACGCUGGGGCAUCCAUGUGCACAUAGCAGAGCCCACAGCCCUCCGGCCAUCCCUGGCCACACUGGCCACCCUCUCCACCCUUGGCCACCUGCCUAGGCCUGUGUGGGUCGGGGCCACAGUCUCCCACGGGAGUUUUGUGGUCCCUGGCUACGUGACUGGCAGGGAGUUGCUUACAGCUGUGGCCGAGGUUUUCCCCCAUGUGACGGUGGCACCAGGCUGGCCCGAGGAAGUGCUGAGCAGUGGCUACAGGGAACAGCUGCUCACAGAUAUGCUGGAGCUGUGCCAGGGCCUCUGGCAACCCGUGUCCUUCCAGCUGCAGGCUGGGCCGCUGGUCCAGAGCACGGCUGGGGUCGUGGCCAGGCUGUUGGCAGCCUCCCCCCGGGCCACUGUCACAGUGGAACACAGCCCUGGCUGGGGCAGCUAUGCAUCUGUGCGGGCAGUGCUGCUAGCAGCCAGGGCCGUGGAGAGGACCCGAGUCUACUACAGGCUACCCCAGAGUUACUACCAAGACUUGCUGGCGGAUGUUGGCAGAAAGUGACCACCCAGGGGUGCUGGGCUGGUGGACCCCUGGGUCCAGGCUUCCCAUGGGGGUGGCAGGAAGGAAUAAAUGCCUCUGCCUUC